GCUUUCUGCACGCAUAGUUAGCGAAGCAGUGAAUUGAGAAGUGUUUAUUUCUGUUAAGAAAAUCCUUUAUAUACAUAUAUUUUUAAUGAGGCCCAUGUUGUACUAAUUCCGUGGAUUAUAAAGCUAAGUAGAAUUGCAAAUUUAAUUAUUUCAGUUCGGAUCUCUUGAUACUAAAAUUUUAGUCGCAUCACCGUGGACAGUGUGUCUGUUACAAAAUGUGUCUUGAAGUUGAAGUUGUGAGGCAGAAUUGUACGACUGAAGUAUCGAGAAAAGUCUAGUGUGCUAUCCACACUAAACUAACAUAACGUUUCCUUAAUGGUUUAGUUUCGUGUUAGUUGGAGUUUGUUUUUUGAUAGAUUUUUCUGUGCUUUGAAUGUUGGAUAAUAAUAUAGUGAUAGUAGAUGGAUGAAAUAGUUUACUGUUACUAGAAUUGGUCAGAUAGAUUUGCAUAACUUAUAAAGUUCUACAAAAUUGUAUUCAGAAAGCUUAUGGAGAAAUAUAUACUGCUGAGUCUCUUGUCAGCAAAAUAAAAAAGGUGAUAAGUCUUGGACUAUGAGUAGUUGGGUGUGAUCAUAUAGGAAGUGAAAAUUUUAAACUCUGAAAUUUAUAUCAUAGACCACGUAAAUACAAGAGUUAUCUUUGUUCUCUCAGAUAAAUACUGACUGCAUAAUGAAGAAUGAAAACCUGCAUUUACUUUGACAUUAAUCAGAUAUUUAUAUUUUACAUAUGACUGACUGAUAAAAUGUCUGUUGAAAGUUCUAGCAUAAGAUAUGAAAACACUUUGUACUUAAAGUUAGAUGUGAAAUCCAUUAGCAGUUAUGAUGGACAUAAUUUUUCAGUUGGACAGCCAGUAUAUUUAAUAAGGUAAUGAUAAGCUAGUUUUAGAUUAUAUUUUAAAAUGAUUUGACUAAAUAAGAACAGAGUGAAAACGAAAGAAAAAGAUAAUGGCUAGUGACAUUCGAAGUGAAUCAAGUGGAAGUGAUUCUGGUUCAACUCCUGAAGAAGAACGAAUACGACGCCUGUUUCAGACAUGUGAUGGAAAUGGAGAUGGUUUCAUUGACAGCCAAGAUCUUCUAGCUGUAUGUCAACAGUUGAACCUGGAGCACUGUGUGGAAGAGAUUAUGGAACAGCUAGGAGCUGAUGAACACGGUAGAAUCUCUUAUAGUGAAUUUCUUCGUAGACGAAUGCAAUUAAUGAAUGAGAUAAAUGCCUUGACCUUACAGGAGCAAGAGCAUGAACAUGUUGCUCAUGUUGGUGAUGUGGAUCUAUGUCGACCAAGUUCCCAACAAGUCUCUCCAGCCCCUGGUAGUAGUAGUACAGGCAACUGGCCUACAAGCAGUGAUACCAGUCAGGGAGCAGCCUCUGGUAAACAUGACAGUUGGGAAUUUGAUUCUGGAGCUCGUGACUUGAGUCCUGAGCCAAACACUCUUCAGAAGCUGAUUGUAGAAUCAAGUGGUUCGGUACCUGGGAACAGUAGUGACUUGUUGGAACUGGCAAACAAGCUUCACCUGGCAGCUUUGGCUUCGUUGAAAAGAGAAAUCUUGGAUCUCACUCAGAGAGUUCAGCAUAUGAGUCAGGAAAGAGAUAUGCUAGAGAGGCAAGUCAACAGAGCUCAGCUUGACAGAAUGAGGCUGGCUAGGGAUCAUGAAGAACGGCUUGAUCAGCAAGCUCAGAGGUAUGAGGAACGGUUAACAGAACUUCAUAGCAUCAUUGCUGAACUCUCCAAAAAGUUGGAUAUCCAACGAGCAACUGUCAUUAAGGAGGAAGAUGAACUCAGUCAGCAAUCAGAAGAUGAAUCUAAACACAGUGAAACGCAGAGCCAAAGUACAAGUAACGCAGAAUUGUAUAGUGAGAAAGAAAAUGAAUCAAGUACUGAGCAGGCGAGGUUUCCUGAAGAAGAAGAAUCUGUUAAGGUCAAUAAAGUUCAUUAUCAUGUAAAAGGAGAAGCUGUUGGUGGACUGGUAGACAGUGAACACUUUGAAGACAGAACAUUCCAAGUUCAUGACGAUGCUACAAGACUAACAGAAACUAGAGCCACCUCAUGUCAUAGCCUUCAGAUUUCACAGCUACAAGAGGAAGUUGUGGGACUUCGAGCAGAAAAUAAAGCUCUACAGGAACAGCUAGAGAGACAAGAGGCUGAACUGAAUAGGACACGCACUGCUUACAUAAAUUGUCGUGAAGACAAGGACCGUCUUCAUCGAAAAUUUCGAGACAUGCAGAUUAAACUAGCUUGCAUACAGUCACAGAGUUCUCAGGGUUCUCAAACAGGCUCCCCAACCCAGAGCAAAUCCCCACACAUCAAUCCAACAACAGGGGAAAGAACUCCUACUUCCAGAGAGGAGGCCCCCAUUGCUAAAAUGGCAGAAAGAGUAAGACUUAAAAAAAUGGAAUAUGGUGACAGGCAAAUAUUUGGGUCUGAAAUAUCCACAUUUGGAGUUUCUACAACUAAAGUAGCAGAACAUUUGGUACAUAACCUUCAUGAGGGCUCUCACACUCAGGAAAUUUUCCAGUCUGCCUUCUCUUCGGGUUCUGCUAUCUCUGAGUGUAAGGUCCGUGAGUUUGAAGUGGAACUGGAGAGGUUAAACAGUAAGAUUGAACACCUUAAGUCUCAGAAUGACUUAUUGACCAUCACACUAGAGGAGAAUCGAAGUCAGUGUGAUCGGUUAAGUGUCUUGUUAGGAAAAUAUGAGUCAAAUAACACAGCUCUUCAACUGGCUCUCUCCUACAGUGACCAAACUAUUUCAGCUUUUGAAGUCUUGCUUGCCCUAAUGGAAACUGAACAAGGUCUCCUUCUCGCUAACUGUCGAGCUGCAGGUCUAGGUGCUCUUGCAAAAGGCUCAGGGGAUAAUGAUGAAAAUGAAGUUACAACACUUCUUAAAAGAGCCAAUGAUAAUCGAAGGUCAGCAGAAAGUGUAGCACGGAAUUUUAUCCAGAAGAUGAAUAGAAAUUAUAGUAUUACCUGCUCUGCAACUGGUUGCAACUUUAACCCAUGGGAUGAAGUUUCCACUCAUAGUCAUACUGCUAGCAUGAGCUCAACAUCCAGUAGCAACGAUGGAGAGUUUACAAAAGUUGAUGAACAACGACUGCGGGAUUACAUUCACCAGAUGAGGACUGAGCGGGUAGCAGUGAAGACAACUGUUGUGGAACUGGAAAGUGUUCAUAUUGACUCUAGUUGUCGUGAGCCUUCAAUGUCAUUGGAUUCACAAAAGCUGGAUUUGGAAAAUGCUGUUUUGAUGCAAGAACUCAUGGCAAUCAAGGAAGAAAAGGCAGAACUUAAGGCCCAGGUCUACCUACUAGAAAAAGAAAAAGGAUCACUUGAGUUGAGGCUUUCAAGUCAAGAAGCUCAGGAGCAGGCUUAUCUUGUACAUAUUGAACAUCUGAGAACUGAACUUAAAGAACAGGAACAGAUUGUUGAGAAGCUGAGAGAAGCUCAGAAAUCUGGAGGAGGAAUGUCAGGCCGAGAAGAAUCUGAAGAAUUGACUGAGGCACUUCAGAGAGAAAAGAAACUAAAAACUAGAAUCCAAGAACUUGUGAGUACUAUGGAAAAGGUGACAAAAAACUCUGAACUUCGUGUUCAGCAGUCAGUAGAGUUUGUCAAUGACCUGAAGAGAGCAAAUAGUGCCUUGGUGAUGGCUUUCGAAAAAGCAAAGAAGAAAAAUCAAGCACGGAUUAAAAAGCUAGAACAACAGAUGACAGUACUGUCAGAAAGGCAUAAUGCUCAGAUGAGAAUGUUAAAACAACGAAUUGCUAUGCUGGAGGGAACAGACAGUGGACAACAUUCGUUACCACCAUCUGGUAGUGAGACAUCUUUAUAGUACAAGUAGCAGAGCAGUAACUCCAACAACUGUGUUAUAGAAAAAUGAGACAGAAACUAACAGGACAACCUUCUAAUGUCCUAAUUCUAGAAAACAUACUUUCAUGUGUGAAUUUACUAUGUUUAACAUUAAAUUUUUGCUGUAUUUAUUGUUUAAUAAUGGGAGCAACAAUAAUGCACUUUAGAAUGAAGAUUGUUAAAAUUAUUUUAAUGUUAUAUUAAUUUAUUUUA